AUGAAGAAAGCUCUCUUCAAGCCAAAGCCCAAAACGCCGGUGGAGCUGGUUCGCCAUGCCCGAGAACUCAUAAUCUUCGUCGAAUCCAAAACAUGCACGCGUGAAAGUAAACGCGAAGAGAAGUUAGCAGAGCUAAGCAAAACGAUACUGGAGAUAAGGACUGUUUUGUAUGGAAACGGUGAAUCAGAGCCAAAUCCCGACGCCUGUACUCAGAUCACUCGCGAGUUUUUCAGAGAUGAUACGUUUCGGAUUUUCAUCCUCUAUCUGGCAAAACUAAAACUCGGGGCUCGCCAAGAUGCAACGCAUGUAAUUGCAAACUUGCAACGGCAACGAGUUAAUUCGCAACUAAUUGCUUCUCAGUACCUACAAGAAAACUUGGAUCUUGUGGAUAUGCUCAUUUGCGGUUAUGACAAAGAGGGUGACGUUGCUUUGACGUACGGCGCGGUUGCAAGGGAGUGCAUACGCCACCAGACUGUAGCAAAACAUGUGUUGGAAUCAGAUAACAUGAAGAAGUUCUUUGAGUACAUUCAACUACCAAAUUUUGAGAUAGCAUCCGAUGCUGUUGCAACUUUUAAAGAGUUAUUGACAAGACAUAAAUCUACAGUUGCUGAAUUUCUUUCAAAAAAUUAUGACUGGUUCUUCAAAGAUUAUAACUCUCAGUUGCUUGAAUCCACCAGUUAUUUCACAAGACGGUACGCUAUCAAGUUAUUGGGGGAUAUGUUAUUGGAUCGCUCGAAUGCUGCUGUAAUGGUUCGGUAUGUGGGUUCGUUGGAUAAUAUGAGGAUCCUCAUGAACCUCCUAAGAGAUUCAAACAAGACAAUUCAAUUUGACACCUUCCACGUUUUCAAGCUAUUUGUUGCAAAUCAAAAUAAGCCCCCUGAAGUUGUGAGCAUCCUUGUCACAAACAAACACAAGCUUUUGCAAUUUUUGGAAAACUUCAAUUGCGACAAAGCGGACGACCAUUUUCAAGCAGAUAAACAACAAGUAAUUAGCGAGAUAAUUGCUCUUCAAUACAAGGAUCAACCAUGCAAAUCUUUGGACAAUUGUGAAGUUCCAUGUUGAAUACUUCCUGUCCGAAGUUUUAAUCAUGUUCUACUUUCUCCAAGUCCCACAUUUCUUAUGUGAAGUUUCUUCGGGUCGUAGUUCUUUUUUUUUUUUUCUUUGGUUCAUGUGAUUCAUUUGGA